UGUAAAUAAAUUGAAUAUGCUUUUAUUUUAUAGUAGUAUUUUACAAAAAAGAAAAUAUAUACGUUUGUAUUAUAGAGAUACAAUAUUUUGUAUCAAAUUUAAAAGUCUGAUUAUGAUCAAUUAAUUUUUUUAUUCUUUUUUAAAAAUUAUUAUAUGAAAAUAUUAAUUAACAAUAUUUACUUAUUUACAGUUUUGUAAAAUAUCAAUGUGCAAAUGGCACAUACAUUUUAAAAUGUUAAUUUAACAUUCCUACAAUAGCUAAUAUCUUUUAUUUAUGUCUUUUUUUUUUCUUUUUCUAAGUUUUAUUUUUAAUACUAGAUUUCUGCAUGGAUGCAGAAAAAUAUUUAAAAUAUAUUGUUUAAAAUAUAAAUCUGUAAUUAAAAACUUCUUAAAUUUUCAGGUAAAAAUAUUAUAUAAAAGUAAUUUAUCUUCUAAAAUUCCAGUAUUAUAAAGUAUCCAAUUCUCCAAAUAUGUUAUUAAAUGUACUUUUAUGUACAUGUUAUGUUUUUAAAUGUACAUUUUCUCAACGCUCCGACGUCUAAAAAUUGAGAAAGAAAUUUACAAUUUAUGUAUUUUAUUUUUAUGAAAUAACCGUUUCACGUUGAUUGGAUUAUUUUUAAAAUAAUUUUAUGUAGUAAUUCCUAUGCAAAAAAUAUUGUAUAGUGUUAUAUAGUCGGAAAACAAAAAAUCUUAUAAAUAAUUAUUUUGAAUAUUUAUUGGUGAAGAUCAAUUUAUAGGCUUGUGCGCGCGCGCGCGAAAAAUUAAUUUAAAAUCAUUAAUUUAUACAUAAACAUAUAAAAACCAAAUGUGAAUUAUAGAAAGAUCUAUUACGUGAAUUAAUUUUUAUUGUAUAGAAAAUAUAUGGUGUAGUAAUUAAUAUUUAAAAAUGACUUAGAAUUUGCAAUCAUGUGAUAUGAAAUGAUAAUUUAAUAUGAUUUUUAUCAAUAAUUUUAUCAUUUUGUCUAUGCCUCAAGUACAACAAAGGAAAUUUUAUAUAUAAAAUUACUCUCUUUUUUUAUUUAUUUUUUUUUUGAAUCUAAUUCCAUAUUAAUUAAAAUAUUUAAAAAAAAAAUCAUUAUUUUGAUGCUUAAUAUUUAAAACUUGAAAAAAAAUUGAUUUGUAUCAAAUUUACGUCUUUAUUUUACUAAUAUAUAUUCAUUUAUAUUUUACGCUAAAAUAUCCAAAAAGUGAAAAAAUUAACGAAAAAAAGCAACAUCAAUAAUGCACGUAAAAGCAUAUAAAUGACUUCACAUAUAGAAAAUCAUGAUAAAAAUAAAUUAAUUUCUUUAUUCUAAUGAUAUAGGUUGCGAUGAGGAAAUAUGAUUAUUCUAAAUAUUAAAAAAAAAGAAAAUCGCAGCGAAUUUUAUAAGUCGGAGCACAAUUUUUAAAAACAGAAUUUUUAGGGUGCUUUAAGUUCUAUUAAUUUCUUUUAAUUAUAUUAGAAAUUUAUUAUGUUUUAGAUUAAUUAAUUAAUUGUGUUACUAUUGUUCGUCUUUUAUAAAAGACUUAACAUUUAGUAUCAAUAAUUAAAUAAUUAGUCAUUCCGUAAUUGUCGAUUAAUUAUUGAUCAAAAUGAAAUAUUCUACUUCUUUAUCUAUUAUAUAUAUAAUAAUAAUAACUUGUAAAUAAUUAAUAAUGAAUCGACGAUUAAUGACUGAUUUAUGGUUUUCGUCUGUAUUGAUUAAAGGCAAUAAAAAAAAUAAUUUACUGUUUUAAAAUUGAAUUUGAAUAUUAUGUAAUUGAGCUACUUAUCUAAUUUUAUUUGUUAAAGAUAAAUUGACCAAUAAUUAAUCGAUCAAUUAUUUUUGUAAAUAGUAAUCUGGAUUUUCCUUUUGUUUCGUCUCUUUUUUUUAAUCUGUUGCGGUUAAAAAAAAUUGAUUGCAAUGUAUCGAGUGAGUUUGAUGGUGAGAUUCAAUUUUAUUAGUAAAUGGACCUUUAUCUUGUAUCAUAGAAAGGAAUAUUUAGCAAAUGCAGUCUUGUACAUAGAGAAAUACUGAUUAAUAAAUUAAAUUGAAAAAAAAAAUCAAGAUGUUUUGUAGUUUUUUUAAAUUUUUUAUUUAUAUGUCAAUAUUAUUGUUAAAAAUCAUUUUUACCAUGAAUUUCUUAAAUACAUAAUUAUUAUUAAAUUUCUAUGAUUUUUAAAUCGUAUGUUUUUAUCUAUUACUGAUAUAAAUUUUUUAUUUAUCAUUUUAUCUUUCAUUUUCAUAUAUACAGCAAGAUACAGGUCAAUAUAAUAUAUGUAUGUAUAUGUUUUAUAUGUAUGUAUAUAUAUAUUUAUGAAGAAAAAUAAAGACGAACGAAUAAAGAUAAGAUAAAAAUUAAAGAAUAAAAGCCAUCUUUAGUGCAAAUGAAACAUAAAUAUAAACAAAGAGAGCAAAUAGUAAAACAAGAAAGAGGGAAGGAUAAAAAUAAAAUAAAAAUAUUGAAAAUAACUCUAUCUUCAAAAUGCCACAAAUUAAACAAAAAAAAAAGGACAGAAAAUAAUAGAAAAAGAAUAGAAAUAGAAUAAAAAUUUAUCGUCAAUAUCAUUUUGAGUAAUUUUAAAAAAAUGAUUUUUUGAAAAAAUUAUCUGAGAAAUAAUCUUUGAUUGUUCAAAGGAUGGCGUUGGUGAUCAAUUAUUGUCUUAUCUCUAUCCUUUUUUUUUUUAUUAUUUUCUAUUCUUUCUUUUUGUAUUUAAUUUACGGCAUGAUCUGAAGAUGGCACUAAUUUCAAUAUUUUUACUCUAUCUCUAUCCUCUUUUUACUAUUUACUCUUCUUGUAUUAUAUUUAUAUAUAACUUGAGACACUCAAGAGAUGGCGCUGAUUUUCUAAUUUUUAUUUUAUCUUUAUCUUUUUUCAUUAUUGUCUCUUUUUAUACUUUUGGCUUAUGAUUACAUUCAAUAUAACGAAUAUCAAUUGAAUUUUCAUUGAAUUUUUCGUUAUUUCUCUUAUCAAAGCUAUAAUGUAUAUCUUUAAUAUCGUUAAUAUAAAUUUAUUAAAAUAAAAAAUGGAAACAAUACGACCUUGUGGUUGUAAAGGAAUAAGAUCUUGUCUUUUAUGUGAAACGGAAUAUAAGAUUAUAAAACCUAAUCUAAAGGCUUGUUUUGAGAAAUGUUCUAGUUAUGUAUAUUGUCCAUAUUGUGAGAAAGCAUGGCCUGGUUGGAAUUUUGAUCUUUACAAAAAUCAUCCAAAUCACCAAGGAACUGCUAUAGAAUUUCCUGGUGUUUAUAUAAAGUUAGAUUUUUUAACUCCUUGGGAAAUUAAUUCAUUGAUCAAUAUACUUGAAAAAAUACCUUGGGAAGCUUCUCAAAGUGGAAGAAGGAAACAGAAUUUUGGUCCAAAAUGCAAUUUCAAAAAGAGAAAACUUCAAUUGGGUUCCUUCAAUGGUUUUCCAAAAUCUACUCAAUUUGUGCAACAAAAAUUUUCUGAAAUUCCUAUACUUAAUAAUUUUCAAACGGUAGAACAAUGUACUUUAGAGUAUGACCCGGUACGAGGAGCUUCAAUAGAUCCACAUAUUGAUGAUUGCUGGAUUUGGGGUGAAAGAAUAGUUACUGUUAAUGUCAUAGGUGAUUCAGUUUUAACAAUGAGUUCUUAUCAUGGUCCCGAUACAAAGUACAAUUUAAAAAGUAUUGUAGAAUAUUCUUCAACAAUUGAAGGCUUAAAAUUUGAUAUAAAAAAUAAAAAUGAAAAUGAAGAUAUCAUUGUAAGACUCCCAAUGCCAGAAGGAUCUCUUAUGGUUCUUUAUGGUAUUGCAAGAUACAAAUGGGAACAUUGUGUUUUAAGAGAAGAUAUAAACUCUAGGAGAAUUUGUUUAGCUUAUCGCGAAUUAACCCCUCCAUAUUUAUAUAACUCAACAAAUAAUGAAGUUGUUAAAGAACUCUUAAAGAGAGCUUCAGUUUUUUGAUAUGUAAAAUGUAAUUAAAUCUAAAAAAAUUUAUUCCAAUAAAAUAUAUAUUUAAUUUGUACAAAAUAUUUAAAUACAUAUUAUAUCUUACGUAUUAUAGAAAUAUAUUAAUUUUAUAUAUACAUAUGAUAAUAUAUAUUAUCUACAAUUAUAAUUUUAUAUAAACAAUACAAAUUUCUAUAAUAUUUAAGGAAAUAUUAAAUUUGAAAUAACACGUAGAAAUUAAUUUUAAUUAAAAAAAAAAUAUAUAAAGGAAAGAAAAACAAUUUUUGUACAAAAUAAAAAUAUUUUUAAAAUUUUAAGAAAUUGAAAAGUAUUAUUUUAAAUAAAAUUAUUUCAUUAAAAAUUAAUAAAAAGUUCUAAAAAUUUUUUAUAGAAUCAGAAGACAUAUAAACAACAGGAAAGGUAGUAAAAGGAUCUGAUUUUCCUAAUGGUUGGUAACCAUUGACUAAACUUUCCCUUAAUUCCCAUUUACGUCUCUCUCUUUCUGUUUUUUGUCUUCUUAUUGCUUUGCCUAACAUACAGGCAAACAUUAUUCCCAUUAACUGAAAAUAAAUAAUUAAAUUUAUUAAAAUAUAUAUUAAUAUAUUUUUCUUUUAAAGAUAGUAUUGAAUUUUAUAUAAUACUUUUUUCCUUUAUCAAAUGUUAAUUAUCAAUAUUUUUAUAAUUAUAAUUGUAAAUAAGAAAAUAAAAAAAAUGUGAUAAAUACGAACCUGAAUAAGAGCAAUAGCUACAGCUCCAGUACCGAUAUAAAGUGCGCUCCUAUGAAUAAUGAUUGAAAGAUUUUUUAUACAUCCAGUUGUAUAAAAUUCAGAACAUAGAAUUUCUUUAUCAUAAAUGCAUGUAUUAUUUUCCGAUUGACAAGAUGAAGGAAAUUUUUGUUCUUUCAUAAUUUCUUCCCAAUCUUUAUAUCCAUUGUAUCCGCAACAAUAAAGCUAUUAAAUAAUAUAUUUUAUGAGAUAGCGUAUUAAUAAGUGUUAAAUAUAUAGUAUAUAUUUAAACAUAUUAUUUAAAAAUAUUAGUAAGUAAUGUUAAAAUGGUUAAACAAAUCUUUUCUAUAUCUAAAAAUGUUUUCUUAAAAAUUCGUAACUUAACAUUGUAUUAAAACGUAAAAUAAUAAAUUUAGUUUCUGUUUAAAUAAAAUGCAAAUAAUAUUUGUUUAAUAUACGUAAAUGUAAAUUUAUGUGUUUGUAAUGUGUUAUGUAUAUAUGUAAAUGUGUAUGUAUUUUAAUUCAUAAAAUUUAAUAAAAUUUAUUACUUUCGAUUGUAGAAAAUCGAUAGCUUCCGUAGCUUCUACAUUCUUCCCAUAUUGAUGCAUAGUAAUGUUAAUUUUCUCGGCAAGAAGAUUCUUUAUUCCAUCUUGAAGAGCAUAAGCUGCAAUUGCAGCUGCUAAUUCUAAUACGAGAACUAACGAAAGUAAUAUUGCAAAC